ACCCGCCGGGGCGUAGAAGCCGUGUAGCUGCCGCCGGGGAAGGUGGCAGCUGGAUCCGGCUCCGAGGGAGAAUUGUAGCAAUGGCAGAUGAGAUUAGCAAAGCACAGACUGCCCAGCCUGGCGGAGACACUAUCUUCGGGAAGAUCAUUCGCAAGGAAAUCCCAGCCAAAAUAAUUUUUGAAGAUGACCAGUGUCUUGCUUUUCAUGAUGUUUGCCCACAAGCCCCAACUCAUUUCCUGGUGAUACCUAAGAAACCUAUUCCCCAGAUAUCUGUAGCAGAAGAUGAUGAUGAAAAUCUUCUUGGACACUUAAUGGUUGUUGGCAGGAAAUGUGCAGCUGACUUGGGACUGAAGAAAGGAUACCGGAUGGUGAUCAAUGAAGGUCCUGAUGGGGGACAAUCUGUCUAUCAUAUCCAUCUGCAUGUCCUUGGUGGACGUCAAAUGAAAUGGCCUCCUGGAUAAAUUGUUGGAAUGAGAGCAGCUGGUUUUUAACAUAUGUUAAGCUGAGUAUACUUAAAAAUUUUUUUCGUUAAAUAAUAAAUUGGGAAAUCAUUUCAAAAGGUACACAAUAAAAGAUCUGUUUUCCAUGCUA